GCACCUCCUCUCUGCUCCUCUCUCUGCUCCUCCUCUUUCUGCACCUCCUCUCUGCUCCUCUCUCUGCUCCUCUCUCUGCUCCUCCUCUCCCUGCUCCUCCUCUCUCUCUCUCCUCUCUCUCCUCUCUCUCUGUCUGUGUGUAGAUCAGAGGUCGGGUUUGGCCUGUAGACCUCCAGACCGGUUCAGACCUGAUCUUUCGGUCCCAUCUUGGGUUGAACCCGCUCUGCUCUCCAGCUUGAGGCCACUCUGGACUGGAGGAUGGGGACCUACAGCGUGGCUCUGGUGGGCCCCGGGCCCUGGGGCUUCAGACUGCAGGGAGGCAAGGACUUCAACAUGCCCCUCACCAUCUCUAGGAUCACCCCGGGCAGCAAGGCGUCGGGGGGCAGCCUGGUGCAGGGUGAUGUCAUCGUGGCGAUCGACGGCGUGGCGACGGAGGGGAUGACUCACCUGGAGGCGCAGAACCGCAUCAAGAUGGCCGCCUGUAACCUGGCGCUCACCAUGACCAAGGCAAAGCCUCGCCAAGUUCCGGUAACAGCAGGAACACUGUCAGCAAUGCCCGGUCAACAGAUCACCCCUAUUCACCUCCCCCCUUGUCCCCCUAAGCCCCAAGAGGUGAAGGGUGUCGGGGGUCCUGGGGGCGGGGCCUCCCUCCAGUACAACUCCCCCAUUGGCCUCUACUCCCACGACUCCAUCAUGGAUGCCAUGGUCGGCCAAUCACAGAACAAGGCUCAAGAGACGAAUCAGUACAGCCAACCACCUGCCCCGUACCACGCCCAGCCCAAUCAGCAAGCCCCGCCCCCUCAGAUGUACCAGCAGCAAGCCCCGCCCCCACAGAUGUACCAGCAGCAAGCUCCGCCUCCACAGAUGUACCAGCAGCAAGCACCGCCCCAACAGAUGUACCAGCAGCAAGCUCCGCCUCCUCAAAUGUACCAACAGCAAGCCCCGCCUCCUCAGAUGUACCAGCAGCAGGCUCCUCCCAUGCAGCAGGCUCCUCCCAUGCAGCAGGCUCCUCCCAUGCAGCAGGCUCCGCCCAUGCAUCAGGCGCCGCCCAUGCAGCAGAGUUCCAUGCAGUUCCCUGUGGGACCCCCAGCACCUAAAGCGGCCAGCAUCGACCCUACCCCACCAGCAGCAGCGCCCCCCCCUGCCCCAGCCCCCCCCUCCUCUUCUGGCCGGCCCCCUUGGGUCUCUGACAACACCUUCGCUGACAAGUUUGAUCCCUCCAAGACCACCACCACCACCAUGAAAGUCCAGCCCCUUCCCCAGUCCGCCCCUCCCCCCCCUCCCUACAACCCCUCGCCUGGCCACGCCGCGGCACCAGGCCACGCCCCGUUCAGUCAUAGCCCCGCCCCCUUCAGUCCUAGCCCCGCCCCGUUUUCCCCCGUGGCCAGGGGUGUGGCCCAGAGAGCGGAGAGGUGUGCUGCCGGCAGCCGCACCCCCCUGUGUGGAGCCUGUAACAGUGUCAUCAGGGGCCCGUUCCUGGUGGCCCUGGGCCGGUCCUGGCACCCAGAGGAGUUUAACUGCCACUACUGCCACACGUCCCUGGCCGACGCCAGCUUCGUGGAGGAGCAGAACAACGUGUACUGUGAGAACUGCUACGGGGAGUUCUUCGCCCCCACAUGCGCUCGCUGCAACGACAAGAUCAUGGGGGAGGUGAUGCACGCCCUGCGUCAGACCUGGCACACCACCUGCUUUGUGUGCGCUGCGUGUGGGAAGGCCUUCGGGAACAGCCUGUUCCACAUGGAGGACGGGGAGCCCUACUGCGAGAAAGACUACAUUUCUCUGUUCAGCACUAAGUGUCAUGGCUGUGACUUCCCAGUGGAGGCGGGCGAUAAGUUCAUCGAGGCGCUGGGCCACACCUGGCACGACACCUGCUUCGUCUGCGCGGUGUGUAACGUGAACCUGGAGGGUCAGCCGUUCUACUCCAAGAAAGACAAGCCGCUCUGCAAGAAGCACGCUCACGCCAUCAACGUGUAGACCUGGUCCAGUCUGAUCCGGUCUGGUCUGGUGCGGUCUGGUCUGGUCCGGUCUGGUCCGGUCCGGUCUGGUCCGGUCUUGUCUGGUCUGGUGUGGUCUGGUCCGGUCUGUUCUGGUCUGGUCCGGUCUGGUCUGGUCCGGUCCGGUCUGGUCCGGUCUGGUCUGGUCCGGUCUUGUCUGGUCUGGUCCGGUCUGGUCUGGUCUGGUCCGGUCCGGUCUGGUCUGGUCCGGUCUGUUCUGGUCUGGUCUGGGAGAAGCUGAGGAUAAUGUUUAGGAAACGGUCCACACUAAAUAUUCACUGCUUUGGUUUGUUUGAUAAUAUUUUGACAAAUUUAGUAAUAAAUACUAGAUGAUACAUCUGCGAGUGGGAAUAACAUAGAGACACUCUAUUAACAUGAUGAACGUUAGAGCCUCUAACUGUGCUCGGAACUGUAAGAGCUCCAACUCUAGAACCCUGUUAGAGCUGUAGAACACUGGUAGAACUCUAGAACACAGAUAGAGCUCUAGAACCCUGUCAGAGCUCUAGAACACUGGUAGAACUCUAGAACACGGAUAGAGCUCUAGAACCCUGUUAGAGCUCUAGAACUCUGCUAUAGCUCUAACUCUAUAAGGCUAUUGGAGCUCUAGCACUAUGUUGGAGCUCUAACUCUAGGUCACUGAGAGAGCCAAAAAACCCUGUUAGAGCUCUAAUUAUAGAACAAUGUUAGAGCCCUAGCUGUAGAAACUGUUAGAUAUCUAGUAGACUGUUUGAGCUCUCGUUCUAGAACCCUGUGGGAUCCAGAACACGUGGAGGAAAAUGCUAAGCCAUAUUUAUGCUCAGUAACAACAUUUGAACGGCAUGAUAUUUAUUUAAAGGUGAUUUCACAACGCUCAGUACUAAUUAUUAAUAUGCAUCGUUUUCUUUUUGGCAUUAGGGGUCACAAGAUGUUAUUAAGUAAAUGUUACACAUGAAUGUUUGUGAGAGUGUGUGUGUGUGUGUGUGUUCGUGUGUGUGUAUGUGUGUGUGUGUGUGUGUGUGUGUGUGUGUGUGUGUGUGUGUGCGCACGCUCUUCUUGAAAACAUGAAUUAGUUGUGAGGAUGGUUGUGAUAUUGCAUGAAGGUUUAACAGACAACUCAGUCUCUCUUUGAAACAUGAGAAGGACUUGAAAAGAGUCUCUCGAAAAGAUUUAAUUGAGUCUAUUGUGCCAUAAAGCAAAACAGCAUCCAUCACAUGUGGUAUAAACCGGUGAAAACCUGUUCAAUCCGGUGUUAUGGUGCCCCAGUCUAGUCCCAUGGUUCCCUGGUUCCCUCCCAGCUGAUGGGUGACCAGACUUCUGGAGACCAGACGACAACAUCACACACACUCUGAUUAAUAGAUUUAAUACACUUCAAUGACCUCCCAUCGAAAGGGUGGAACUUUUUGAAAGUAUUUUUUAUCUUGACUGUUUACAUUCUGUUUGAUAAUGUUGGGGGGGGGGGGGGGGCUUCAUAUUUUUACCGUAAUAAAGCACACUUUGAGCAA